AUGCGUCACCCAAGAAGACUUGUUUUGUCAGGUUGCCUGGCAGCUUUGGUCGUGAUGACUAUCCUUUCUGCUGUCGUUGGCUGGGCUGCUCCAAAUCUGGUAAGCAGUCUGGAGGCUGAAGAAUUGGCAGAUGUUGAAGCAAAAUUGGAUGCUGAUUGGAAAGCUAACACAGGAACCACCAAAGCUGUUAGCAAGGAUGAUGACGAGUUGAAAAAGCAGAGGCGGUCAUUUCUUUCACAGUUCUUCUCACCUAUACUCUUGAAAGCAUUUUCCAUUACAUUCUUUGGUGAAUGGGGUGACAAGAGCCAGAUAGCCACCAUUGGCUUGGCUGCUGAUGAAAACCCAUUUGGUGUCGUUCUUGGUGGAAUUGUAGGGCAAGCAUUGUGUACUACUGCUGCUGUUGUUGGUGGAAAGAGCUUGGCAUCUCAAAUAUCCGAGAAAAUAGUUGCAUUGUCUGGUGGAGUUCUUUUUAUUGUUUUUGGAAUCCAAUCCUUCCUUUCAACGGUUGAGUAG